UUUAUCAUAUUUUCUCUCUCUCUCUCUCCCUAACAUCUACUUGCUUCCCCAUCCGUCCUCUUCUUUUUCUCUUUGUCUAUCUUCCCAAUCUCCAUAACAUCACAAGGAAAAACAUCGACAUGGUCGAAACAAGGCGAAGCUCAUCAUCAUCCUCAAAGAGACCCUUAUCUUCUCCACGAUCACCUCCGCUUCCUCCCGGCAAGAGAUCAAAGGGGGCUGAGGCAACCUCGUCAACGACUGCUGCAACGCUUGUUCCUCCAGAUGAAACCCAAGAGCAGGGGAAAGAUUCUGGCUUUGAAUCUCCUGUUCUAUCUUCUGAUCCCACAACUUUGAAAUCGGCUGAUGGAAUUGAUUCAGUCUUACCUGCGAAUCCAGCCGAUGUUCAAGUUGAAUCCGACGACCCUUUGGUAUCUCCUACAACUUUAGAUGAUUCAACACUUGACGCUGAGAAAGGCGAGUCACUUAAUGCCUUGUUGAAUCGAUCAAAAAGGAGACAGCUUAAAUCGAAUGCAAAGGUCGCUUGGGGGAAGCUUAUUUCUCAGUGCCCUCCGAAUCCUCAUGUGGAUAUGAACGAUCCUAUUUUCACUGUCGGUCAAGGCCGUCAAUGCAACUUGUGGAUAAGAGACCCAUCCAUUAGUAAAUCUUUGUGUCGAAUAAGGCACGUAGAGGCAGAGCAAGGAGGUUUACCUACAACAUAUCUUGAAAUCACAGGUGGGAAGGGUGUGGUCCAAGUAAAUGGAAAAAAUUACUCAAAAAACGCAAUAAUAGCACUCAGUGGUGGUGAUGAAGUCGUAUUCAGUUCAUCUGGAAGACAUCAAUAUAUUUUCCAGCAACUUCUUAACAACGGCUUAGCUGCUAAUGAAAUACCAUCUUCAGCGAGCAUUUUAGAAACUUGUGGUGCCCGGUUCAAAGAUAUACAGUUUGAGGCAAGGACUGGAGACCCCUCUGCUGUUGCAGGAGCUUCAAUAUUAGCAUCUUUAUCGGAUUUCCAGAAAGAGUUAUCUAUUCUUCCUCCAGCACCCCAAGAUAACGUGAACUUGCAACAGGGUUCUGAAGUGCAUAUCAUACCUUCAGCAUGCCAAGUGUCAGGAAAUGAUGGGGCUGGGGAUGCAUCAACAAAGGAACCUAUUAUUCCUGCUUCAGAUGCUGCAGAGGAGAAUGUGGAUCCUGUAAGCAAUGUGCUUGAUGCAUCUGGAGACCCAGAAACUGGGAAGGUUUCUGGUCAAGCUAAUGAAUUAAGGCCAUUCAUUCAGAUGCUUGCAGGAGCAUCUACUGAGCUUGAUUUUACUCAUGGAAUUUCUAAAAUUCUCGAGGAGCAAAGAGAACUUAGAGAAGUUCUUAAGAAUCUUGAUAAUUCUGCUUUGACAUCAACGAAGCGACAAGCUUUCAAAGAGAGGUUAAAGAAUGGGAUUCUCGCUCCUAAUGACAUCAAAGUCUCGUUCGAAAACUUCCCAUAUUAUUUAAGUGACACAACAAAGAAUGUUUUAGUUACAUCAACAUAUAUACAUUUGAAACGUAAUAAGUUCACCAAGUAUGCAUCAGAGCUCCCCACCACGUGCCCAAGAAUAUUAUUAUCCGGGCCUGCAGGCUCCGAAAUAUAUCAGGAAACAUUGACAAAGGCGCUUGCAAGGCAUUAUGGUGCCAAACUUCUUGCAGUUGAUUCUCUACUUUUACCUGGUGGUUUACUGUCAAAGGAUGUGGAGCCUGCUAAAGAGAUUUCAAGGCCAGAAAGGAUGAAUGUGUUUGGUAAGCGAGUCUUACAGACAGCACCGGUGCAGAUUAAGAAGCCGGCUUCAAGUGUUGAGGCAGAAAUCACUAGCGGGUCUACCAUAAGUUCUCAGGCACAGCCUAGGCAGGAAGUAUCAACUGCAUCAUCAAAGAGUUUUACUUUUAAGAAAGGUGAUAGAGUUAAAUUUGUUGGCUCAUUACAUUCUGGUUUUCCGACACACCAAGCUACUGUAAGGGGACCAGCAUAUGGUUACAAAGGUAAGGUUGUUCUUGCAUUUGAAGGGAACGACUCUUCAAAGAUCGGAGUUAGAUUUGACAAGGCAAUUCCACAAGGCAAUGACCUUGGUGGUCAUUGUGAGGAAGAUCGUGGGUUCUUUUGUCCUGCAGCCGACUUGCUUCGCAUUGAUAGUGCUAAUGUGGAUGACAUUGACAAGCUUGCUAUCAACGAACUCUUCGAGGUUGCACUAAAUGAGAGCAAAGGUAGUCCCUUAAUUAUAUUUCUGAGAGAUAUUGAGAAGCCUAUGGCGGGCAAUGCAGAUGCAUACGCGGCCCUCAAGCUUAAGUUGGAUAAUUUACCAGAUAAUGUAGUGGUGAUUGUUUCUCACACCCAAGCAGAUAGUCGAAAGGAGAAAUCUCAUCCUGGCGGACUUCUCUUCACCAAAUUCGGCGGCAACCACACAGCUCUCCUUGAUCUUGCUUUUCCGGAUAAUUUUGGUAGGCUCCAUGACAGAAGCAAAGAAACUCCAAAAGCUAUGAAGCUGCUUGCCCGUCUUUUCCCAAACAAAAUUACAAUCCAGAUGCCUCAGGACGAAAAUCUUCUUUCAGAUUGGAAACGAAUGUUAGAUCGUGAUAUUGAGACAUUGAAGUCUCAAGCCAACCUUAUUAAUAUCCACCAGGUUUUAAAUCGAAGUGGGUUAGAGUGCCCUGACUUGAACACAAUAUGCAUAAAGGAUCAAGCGCUUACAAAUGAAAAUGUUGAGAAAGUCAUUGGUUGGGCGCUAAGUCAUCACUCUAUGACUUCUACUGAAGCAAUUAUUAAGGAUGCAAAGCUUGUGAAAAUAUCUAGUCAAAGCAUUAAGAAUGGGCUUGACAUCUUACAAAGUAUUCAAAAUGAAAGCAAGAGCUCGAAGAAGUCUCUCAAGGAUGUGGUUACCGAAAAUGAAUUUGAGAAGAGGCUUCUGGCUGAGGUUAUCCCACCCAAUGACAUUGGGGUAACUUUUGAUGACAUCGGAGCACUAGAAAAGGUUAAGGAUACAUUGAAAGAGUUGGUUAUGCUUCCUCUUCAAAGGCCAGAGUUGUUUACUAAAGGACAACUUACCAAGCCUUGCAAAGGGAUUCUUCUUUUCGGACCUCCUGGUACAGGGAAAACUAUGCUAGCUAAAGCUGUUGCAACUGAGGCUGGUGCAAAUUUUAUCAACAUAUCUAUGUCUAGUAUCACCUCUAAGUGGUUCGGUGAAGGAGAGAAGUAUGUGAAGGCGGUUUUCACAUUGGCUAGCAAAAUUUCUCCCAGUGUUGUUUUUGUUGAUGAGGUAGACAGCAUGUUAGGAAGACGUGAAAAUCCUGGCGAACAUGAAGCUAUGCGCAAAAUGAAAAAUGAAUUCAUGGUGAACUGGGAUGGUUUACGUACAAAGGAUAAGGAACGAGUCUUAGUACUUGCUGCUACCAACCGCCCAUUUGACCUUGAUGAGGCUGUCAUUAGGAGGCUUCCCCGGAGAUUAAUGGUGAACUUGCCAGACAGUCCAAACAGAGCGAAAAUAAUGAGAGUUAUAUUGGCAAAAGAAGAAUUGUCCCAGGAUUUUGAUUUUGAAGCAGUUGCCAGUAUGACCGAGGGAUAUUCAGGAAGUGAUUUGAAGAAUCUGUGUGUGACGGCUGCUCAUCGACCCAUAAGAGAAAUAUUGGAAAGAGAAAAGAAGGAAAAGGAAUUAGCAUUAGCGGAGAACAGACCUGUACCUGAACUUCACAGCAGUGUAGAUGUCCGUCCUCUGUGUGUAGAGGAUUUCAGAAUCGCACAUGAACAGGUUUGCGCGAGUGUGUCGUCGGAAUCCAAAAACAUUACCGAGCUCCUUCAAUGGAAUGAUCUUUAUGGGGAAGGCGGAUCAAGAAAGAAGACUUCCCUUAGCUACUUCAUGUGAGAAUAAAGAAAAUUGUAUGUAUAGAAGAAAAUUGAUAGAAAUAUUUGUUCUUAUUUUUAGUUUUUCAUUUCAACUCCACCAGCCAAAACCCUAAACUACCACCCACUCAAAUAUUACCGUGUCUUGAUUUUCUUAUUUGGUUUGAAGGUAGAGUGUUUUGUAAGCUCGAGAUCAAAAUAUCGAUGCUUUUUGUCUGGCUGUAUAUGCGCAAUUUCAUUAAUUCGAUAUAUGGAGUAUUCUAAAGGUUAUUGUUAAUAAUUUGA